AUGGUGCGCACGAAGAACCCAAAUUAUGUUGGUGAUUCGCCUCCAGGACAACGCGAAGUCCCUGAUGGUUCGAAUGACACUGAGUCGCAUGUAAAUGACACAGAAAAAACUGUGUCGGACUCCAGCCAUUCAAAGACAGUAUGGUCAAGGGAUUUUUACAUUGAAGAUGUAACCNCNAGAGGAUUUGAUGCUGAUGUGGGUGAUGAUAACGAUGCUGUGGGNUUUAGUGGUGUGAUUCGGGGUGGUGUGGUUCCGGAUAAUAUUGCUCAGGAUGAAACUAUGCAUGGGGAUGCUGGUGAGACUAUGCGUCGGGAUGUUGCGGAUGCUCCUGAGACGUGGAAAAAUGAAUUGCUUGCGCUAAAGAGCCAGAUGGAAAAGAUGUUUUUCAAAAUGAAUAUGAAUAUUGAAGACCUUGGUACCAGAGUCAUAUCUAUUGAAUCAGCUCUGAAUUUGGAAAGAGAAGCAGAUGACUAUAACCGUGGGCUUGAUGAUUAUGAUAGAAAUGAAAAUGUCCAACAUGACGAAGUACAACCUGGUGCAACCAUUGGUUCGACUGAGGCUGAGAAAGUUGGUGCAAGUGAGGUACAACCUGGUGCAACUGAGAUACAACAUGGUGCAACGGAGGUACAACAUGAUGCAGAAGAGGUACAACAUGGUGCUGAAGGUGCAACCAUUGGUUCGACUGAGGCUGAGAAAGCUGAUGUAGAAGAGGUACAAUCUGGUGCCAUUGAGGGUGAGAAAGUUGGUGCAACUGAGGUACAACAUGAUGCAGAAGAGGUACAACCUGGUGCUGAAGGUCAAGAAGUGAAUGACAAUGAUGAAAGACAGGUACAACCUGAUGCGGCUUACGAAGUACAACCUGGUGCAACCAUUGGUUCGACUGAGGCUGAGAAAGUUGGUGCAANUGAGGUACAACCUGGUGCAACUGAGGUACAACUUGAUGCGGCUGAAUUGAGGACAUAUGAGAGGAAGAAGAAUAAGAGAAAGAAAGAAUACGAGGUUCCACCUGAGGGUUCAUCAGAUGUUCCAAACCAAGCAACGCAGAAGGUCAAGAUUAUAGGGAAGACGAGGGGAUCUACCGUUGUGAUUAGGAGUCCUAUUGCUACUAGNCNGCNCCUUAANAAGAAGGAUUAG